ACGUCAGCAGGCACUCGUGGCCAGCUCGGCGCACGUACAUCGGGCGCAGGGAUCGCUCCGGUGCGGCGCGACGGUCGCCUACGGCCUCGAGCCUCCUCCCUCUCCCGACCUCACAAACGCUAGCCCCGCGAGGCCGCCCCGCCCCUCCCGACCUCGCCCCCUCCGCCUCCUUGGGCCCCGCCGCCGGCUUAGGGUUUCGCGGGCCAGGCCCCCUCCCGGCCACCGCCGGCGAUGCGAGUGCGCCCGCGCAGGUAGCCCCGCCCCGCCCCGCACCGCCCACCGAUCCCAUUCGCCCGCCCGCGCGCGCCAUGUCGCUCCUACGGAGGCGGAGGCAGCAGCAGUCGCCGCCGCCGCCCUCGCCGGGCGACGACAGCAAUGGCUCCGACCACGACGACAAGGACAAGGACAAGGGGAAGAAGCUGGCGCAGGAGCAGCCGUCCUCCUCCGCCUCCGCGCCGCCGUCCAAGGAGGCCGGGAGGCGGGCCAAGGGCAAGUGGUCGUGCGUGGACAGCUGCUGCUGGCUCGUGGGCUGCGUCUGCUCCUCCUGGUGGCUGCUGCUCUUCCUCUACAACGCCAUGCCGGCCUCCUUCCCGCAGUACGUCACGGAGGCCAUCACGGGCCCGCUCCCGGACCCGCCCGGGGUCAAGCUGCAGAAGGAGGGGCUGCACGCCAAGCACCCCGUCAUCUUCGUGCCGGGGAUCGUCACCGGAGGGCUCGAGCUCUGGGAGGGCCACCACUGCGCCGAGGGGCUCUUCCGGAAGCGCCUCUGGGGCGGCACAUUCGGCGACGUGUACAAGAGGCCUUUAUGCUGGAUUGAACAUAUGUCAUUGGACAACGAAACUGGAUUAGAUAAACCAGGAAUAAGAGUUAGGCCGGUCACAGGCCUUGUCGCAGCUGACUAUUUUGUCCCUGGCUAUUUUGUUUGGGCAGUCCUGAUUGCCAAUUUAGCUCGGAUUGGAUAUGAAGAAAAGAACAUGUACAUGGCUGCUUAUGAUUGGAGGUUAUCAUUCCAGAACACUGAGACCCGUGAUCAAACAUUGAGCAGAAUAAAGAGUAACAUUGAGCUCUUGGUAGCGACUAAUGGUGGAAAUAGGGCGGUGGUGAUCCCACAUUCCAUGGGAGUUCUCUAUUUUCUUCAUUUUAUGAAGUGGGUAGAAGCACCUUCUCCCAUGGGUGGUGGUGGUGGUCCUGAUUGGUGUGCAAAGCACAUCAAAGCUGUAGCAAACAUUGGUGGGCCUUUCUUAGGAGUUCCAAAGGCUGUUGCUGGGCUUUUCUCAUCUGAAGCCAAAGAUGUUGCUGUGGCUAGAGCUAUUGCACCAGAAAUGCUGGACUCUGAUUUUCUUGGACUUCAGACCUUGCGCCACUUGAUGCGAAUGACCCGUACAUGGGAUUCAACAAUGUCAAUGCUCCCUAAAGGUGGUGAGACUAUUUGGGGAGGUUUGGAUUGGUCUCCAGAAGAUGGUUUUGAGUGUAAAUCCAAGAAGCGGAAGACCAAUGAUUCAGAGGUUUCUAAGGAUGUUCAUGGGGAACCUGUCGAAGUUAAUCCAGAGCCUGUGAACUUUGGAAGAAUGGUAUCUUUUGGAAAAGAUGUAGCGGAAGCUCCGGCUUCAAAUAUUGAGCAGAUAGAAUUCCGUGAUGCUGUCAAAGGUAAUAAUCUUGCCCAUUCGAAUACAUCAUGCCGGGAUGUCUGGACAGAGUAUCAGGAAUUAGGGUGGGGUGGAAUAAAGGCAGUUUCAGACUACAAAGCUUUCACCGCAGGCUCUAUCAUAGAUCUUUUUAACUUUGUUGCUCCAAGGAUGAUGCAGCGUGGUAGUGUUCAUUUUUCAUAUGGAAUUGCUGAUAACUUGGAUGAUCCAAAAUAUGGCCACUACAAGUAUUGGUCAAACCCCUUGGAGACAAAACUACCAAAUGCGCCUAAAAUGGAAAUAUUUUCGAUGUAUGGAGUAGGCAUUCCUACCGAAAGAGCAUAUGUCUAUAAAUUAUCCCCACAGGCAGAGUGCUAUAUACCCUUUCAGAUAGAUGCCUCAGCUGAGGGUGGGGAUGAGAAUAGCUGCUUGAAAGGUGGUGUUUACAUGUCGAAUGGUGAUGAGACUGUUCCAGUUCUUAGUUCAGGGUAUAUGUGUGCCAAAGCAUGGCGUGGAAAAACUCGCUUCAACCCUUCUGGCAGCAAGACUUACGUGAGAGAGUAUAAUCAUUCUCCACCCUCGAAUCUCCUUGAAGGAAGGGGCACACAGAGUGGUGCCCACGUUGAUAUUAUGGGGAACUUUGCUUUAAUGGAGGAUAUUAUCAGGAUUGCUGCUGGGGCAACCGGUGAGGAAAUUGGUGGUGAUCAGGUGUAUUCUGAUAUAUUCAAAUGGUCCGAGAAGAUAAAGCUGAAAUUGUAGUUAGUAGGAAAUCAUGUGAUUCGUGGUGACGAAGCAGAUUUUACUCUGGUCGAAUCCUAUUAAUUUUGAUUUGAUAAUGUAAUGGUUUUCGCUCUGACACUGGCGUUAUUGUGAAACCGCGGUGUAUAUUAAAAUGUAUAGAUGGAAGCUGUGAUACUUUUGUAGGUUCCUUUGUUAUGAUGAUAAAUAUUGUGCAAUUCAUUUGCAUCUUCAUCACUUGUAACAUUCAUUUGUUAUACUUCUGUAGGUUCCUUUGUGAUGAUGAGAAAUAUUUUGCAAUUCA